AUGACGCCAGACAAGAAUAAGAAGGGCGCACGCCCUGCAAAGCCCAUGGCCAAAGCCAAAGCCAGCGCAGCAGCAAAGGCAGCCCUCAAAGGCGUGAACUCGAGCAAAGUCCGCAAGGUCCGCCUAUCAACAAGCUUCCACAGGCCCAAGACCCUCCAGCUCUCGCGCUCGCCAAAGUACCCGCGCAAGGCUAUUCCGCAUGAGCCUCGCCUCGACCAGCACAAGAUCAUCGUCCACCCGCUGAACACGGAGAGCGCGAUGAAGAAGAUUGAGGAGAACAACACUUUGGUCUUCAUUGUGGAUGUUAAGGCCAACAAGAGGCAGAUUAAGGAGGCGCUGAAGAAGCUGUAUGAUGUGGACUGCGUCAAGAUCAACACUCUCAUCCGACCAGACGGCUCGAAGAAGGCCUUCGCGCGGUUAACGCCUGAUGUGGAUGCUCUUGAUAUUGCCGCUACUAAGCUUGCGAUUGUCUAA